AUGAAAGGAAAAAAGCAUGCUUUAUUUUUUACCCUGCUUUUAUUUUUGUCAUAUAAGGUAAAUGCUGUAUUGUUAAAGGAGAUAAUUAAAAACUUUCUAGAAUGCACGAAAGAACAUGUGAAAGGUAAAAAUGCCUAUAAAUUAACUGAAGAACACCCAAGUAUUACAGGAAAUAUAUUAGAACUAUGGAAAAGUGAAACUAAUGAAAAUACAUGCCAGAAGAAAAUAAAAUUUAAACAUGAUGCAAUAAAAAUAAAGAUAAAAUAUGCACAAAUAUUUAGAAAACGAGCUAAUAGAAUUCUGAGGGAGGUAAUUCAUGGUCCUAAAAAUUUUGGAAACAGCAGUCACAAAGAAUUACGUAAAGGCAAUAAAAAUGGGGAGAAUAAAGAUGGAGAACAUAAAACUUAUAAUAAAACUCAUAAAGGAAGAUAUAGAAAUAGUUUAUUAAUGAUAAAUAAUGAUGCAUCUAGGAGAGGUCAACAUUCAGAGCAGCUUGACAAUGCCCUUGGUUCUGCUACUGGAUCAGAGGUGAAUUAUUAUGAUAAUUCCUCAAAGGAUGGUACCCCUUAUGGUGUUAAUCAUAAAAUAGAAAUUCAUAGUGGUGUUAUAAAUCAUGAAUUUCGUGAAAACCCUAUAAUGAAAUCUUGUCCGAUGAAGAGAAAUCGUUUGGAAAAAGAUUGGGGAUGCCAAGGGUAUAAGGAUGUUUGCGUACCAGAUAGGAGGUAUCUAUUAUGUGUAAAGGAGAUUGCGAAUUUGUUACAUAAUGUAGAUGAUAGAUUUCAUAGUGAUAAGGAAUUUCGAAAAACCUAUUUGAAAAGGAAACUUAUUUAUGAUGCUGAAGAAGAGGCAGCCUUAUUAUUAAAGAAGUAUAAUAAUAAAUAUAAUGAAAACUUAUGCAAUGAUAUAAAAUCCAGUUGGGCCGAUUUUGGAUAUAUAAUAAUGGGAACUGAUGUAGAAAAUAUUGGUUAUUCAAUAGUAGUGGGAUAUAACUUGCGCAGAGUUUUUGGAAAUGAUGAUAAUGCAAAAUUGAGUCGUAAGCAUUUUUGGAAUGACAAUAAAAUUGAUGUUUGGGAAGCAAUGAUAAAUUCAGUUAAAAAAGGAUCAACGGGAAAUGUUCAUUGGAGUUGUAAAAUGAAUGACACUUUGGAUAUAGUACCGCAGAUACAUAGUUGGAUUCGAGAAUGGGGAAGGGAUUACAGAUCUGAAUUAUCCUUAGGAUUACCACAAGUGAUAAAUAAGUGUAAUGGAAAAAUCAAUAAUACUGAUAAAAAGGUAUGCACAGUACCUGAAUGCCAGAAAAAGUGUGAAAUAUAUGAUAAAUGGUUAAAAAGAAAAAAGAAGCAAUGGGAUAUUCUCUCAAAUAAAUUUAAAGAUACAAAAAACAUGGAAAAUAUUCAAAAGGAAAACAAUGAGACUGCUUAUGAUGUAUUAAGGCAGGAGUUAAAUGGGGUGACAGAAGAGGAUUUUGUCAAUGAUAUUAGCAGUCGUGGUAAUACAUAUAUUGAAUUAUGCAUUUGUGGUAUCGAUGGCUUUAAAAACGUAUAUGAGUAUGGUGUAAUUGAUGAUGAUACAGUACAGGAUAUUAACCAUUGGGAUCAUAAAACAGAACGUACAUAUAAUGGGGAAACGGUGAGUGCUCCGGAAAAUUCUUUGGACAGAAAUGUCACAAAUAGAACAGGUGAAUCUCACGAAGGAAGAGUUGCUUUGGGGCAUGGAAAUGAUAUGAAUACACAAGUUUAUAUUCAGGGAAAUGAUAUUACUGAAGAUCUUGAUAUGCAGCAAUCUGAAUGGGAAAGGAGUGAUCCCAUUGCAGAUGCUAGAGAAGAUGUCGCUGAUUCAGAAAAUCAAAGUUUAAGAAAUUCAAGUAGACUAACAUCUGAAUCUGAAAUUGAUGAAAACAAUACACGCGAUGAUAGUACUGAUACUGCAUCUGGUACUCUCAGAAGUAGAGAUAGUUAUGGCACUUUGAACUCUACGAAGUUAAUAGUUAACCCGGGCUUGAAGGGUAUAGGUGAGGAGGGAAUGGUUCAAGAUAAUGAUAUGAAGACAAUUGAUGCAAAUAGCAAUCAUUCUGAUAGUAUAAGAGCUGCUGGAGAAGUUACUACUGACACAGUUGAAUACAAAAGAUAUGAUGGAAGGGAGACGAGCAGAUUUCCUGAAUAUAACAGGGAAGAGAGUAGGGAUACUUUGCCACAAAUAGAGGCAGAAAGUUUAGGAGAAACAGGAGGUGUGCAUAGAAGAACAACAGAUACAUCUUCCGUCUUGGCAUAUAAACAUUUUGGUAACGAAAAAGAUUUUCAAACACAUAAUUUAAAAAGCACUAAUAAAAUGAAUGGAGCUGAAAAUUUUGAUCAAAAUACAGGUACAAAAGGAUAUAACAGAGAUAAUAACAAAAGUGAUAAUUUAGGUUGGAGGAAUCAGACAAAUAAAGAUACCUCUACAAAAAAUCCUACUAGAAAUAAUGUAUUCACAAUUGAUAAAUUAGAUAUAAAAAAAUAUAAAUACAGAGAUGUCAAUGCAACCAGGGAGAAAAUAAUACAUUUAUCUGAAGUAAGAAAAUGUAGCAACAGUGUUUCUUUAAAGUAUUGUAAUUUAAUAGAAGACAAAGUAUCGUCAAGUGCUUGUUCUAGAGAUGAAAUAAAACAUUUAUGUUGCUCAAUAUCGGAUUUCUGUUUAACAUUUUUUGUUGCUUAUUCUCAAGAAUAUCGAAAUUGUGUGAAGAGGGAAUUUGAUGAUCCAGCAUACAAAUGUUUUAUAGCAGUUAGAUCCUUAGACAAUAGUUAUUUCGCUGGGGGAAGCAUAUUGCUCAUAUUAGCAUUGUUACUUUCUUCAACGAAGAUGAUAAAUAAUAACUCUGAAGAAUCUACAUUCGAUGAGUUUGAAGAACACUGUGAUAGCGAUAACAAAUGUCCAGAGAUUGUUGAUAGUUUUGAAAACAUACAGCCAACCUCUCCCCUGGAUUAUUAUUAA